GCUAUAGACUGUAUUUUUAGUAUUACAGUAUAAUACAGAUCUGUCUGAAAAAAAUGAGUGAAGCAGAACAACUAGUCGCUCGUACAAGAGAAGCUUUUCAAACUGGAAAGACUAAAGAUGUAUCAUGGAGACUUAAUCAAUUAAAACAACUUCAUAAGAUGCUUACUGAGAAUGAACCUGCUAUAAUUGAGCUGAGAAAAAGAUCUCCGAAAGACAGCAUUUGAAACUGUUAUUACUGAAAUCAGUAUAGCACGAUGUGAAACAGCACACGCAAUCAACCAUUUGAAAAAUUGGGUGAAGCCAACUUACCCAUCAAAACAUUGGUACAAACUAUGGAUGGUAUUUACAUCAAGCCUGAACCUUAUGGCGUCGUUCUUAUUAUAGGAGCUUGGAAUUAUCACAUUAUUCUGGUUGCACCGUUAGUUGGAGCAAUUGCAGCAGGCAAUUGUGCUGUUUUAAAGACGUCUGAGGUGGCAGAACAUACUGCUAAAGUUAUGACAGAACUGAUUCCAAAAUAUUUGGAUAAGGAAUGCUUUCCUGUGUACAAUGGUGCAGUUCCUGAAACAACUGAACUAUUGAAGCAGAAAUUUGACUACAUAUUUUUCACUGGCAACCCUAUGGUAGGAAAAAUUGUGAUGCAAGCAGCUGCAAAACAUCUUACUCCAGUUACAUUGGAAUUAGGAGGAAAGUCUCCUGUCUAUCUUCAUAAAAAGUCAGAUGCUAAAUUAGCUGCAUCAAGAAUUGCAUGGGGAAAACUCAUCAACCUUGGGCAAACGUGUGUCGCUCCUGAUUAUAUUAUGUGCGAUUCAGAGAUUAAAGAGGAUUUUGUUAAGGCCCUGUGUGAUGUUAUUAUUGAAAGAUUUGGAAAAGAUCCUCAAAAAUCAAAAGAUUUGCCAAGACUUAUCAAUGAUCGGCAGUUUAACAGAUUAAAAGGAUUGCUUGAUAAAACUCCGAAAGAAAAAAUUGUUUUUGGGGGACAGACUGAUGAAGCGGAUAAGUACAUUGCUCCAACUAUAGUUAACAACUGUACUAUGGAAGAUGCAUUGAUGUCGGAUGAAUUGUUUGGACCAAUAUUCCCAAUCAUGGAAGUAAAUGGGAAAGAAGAAGCUGUUGCCACCAUAAAUAAAUUGGAGAAACCAUUGGCAUUAUAUGUUUUCUCAAAUGAACCACAGGUGGUAGACUAUGUGCUUUCAAAUACAUCAAGUGGUGGAGUGACUGUUAAUGAUACUAUCCUGCAUAUGACUGGAACCAAUGUGCCUUUUGGGGGUGUUGGUACAAGUGGGACUGGCAGUUAUCAUGGAAAAUAUUCAUUUGAUACGUUCUCACAUCAUCGUACAGUUUGUUACAGGAAACAAAACUUGGAAGCUUUGUUGCAAAGUAGAUAUCCACCAUAUACCGAUACCAAUCUGAGCAGGAACAAGUUUCUCAUUGAAGAAAAGCCUGGCGCAGGCUCCUGUUGUAUGCAAUGAUCUAACAUAAUCAGUUCAUAUACAAUUAUGAAGCAGGGUAAAAAAGGACCUCACAUAUCCAAUCAUAUAUAAAUGUAAUCUAUGUAAAAUUCGAAUAAUUCUCUGCUAUCUUAAUGAAGUAUUUAUAAUUUUUUUUAUAUUUUAAACUGUGGCGCAUCCUGGCCAUCAAAAAUUCUUACUCUAGGACUCCGAAAUUACCUCAAAACCGAAUUCUGAAAACAUCCCUUUUAUCACAGCGCUCGUUGAAAGAGCUAAUUUUUUCGGAUGUUAUUGACUUUCCUAUUGCGAAAAAUAUACAAUUUAUAGUCGAUAAUAACCUUUAAAAUAUCACAUCAUAAUAAUUGCGUUCAACGUAGACCAACUAGGAGAAUACAAUUUAGGUAGCAAAGAAAAUUGAUUAAACUUCUAUUUCAAUGAUUAGAUUUUAUAUCUUCCUGAUCCGGGAGAAAUUCGCCGCAGUAAUUUUAAUGGGCUCGUUUAUAAUGAAUAAUGUAUUACGGGGCACACUGUAUUUUUCAUCCCCGAAACUUCCUUUCGGCCCGAAAUCCCCCUGAUUGCGCCACUGUUCUCAAAGUUCAAAUUUCUGUUUUAAUUUUUAUCAAUGGUGGCUAAUACUACCUAUUAUGUAUAUCUUUGUGAGCAAUUUUAUACCUUACGUAAUUCUUAAUUUUAAAGCGUAUGCAAUAAUUCUAACCAUCGCUCGUGAUUUUUUCACUGUUGUUUUAAAUCUGCUGUAGCAAGUAUCUUACUUUUUCAUGGCCACUGCGAUUCUUAAAAUGUAAUAUCUGAUAAAGAUUCAAAUAUGUUAUAUUAUAAAUAAACCAAAAUUAUGUUGAACAUGUGUAUA